AUGGAGAUCGAUUUGGGAGAGAGUACGGCGCGUGGUGGAGUAGUUGUCGCGAGGCAGAAAAAAAAAGCCCAAGAAAAAGGGAACCAAAGAAGAAAAGUGGGUGGUUGAGGGGAAUUGCAACCGAUGGGGGACAGAACAACACCGGGGAGGGAUGGACACUGGAUUGGAUCCACCAAGAGAGAGAUAUGGGGGAAGAGAGAGAGAGAGAGAGGAAGAGAAAGAGUAUUUGAAUCGUGAAGAAAAAGACGAGAUGGAAAAGUCAAGACGAGAGAGAGAGAGAGAGAGAGAGAGAGAACCUCAGGCCAAGAUGAGGUCUGUCACGGGCGCACGCGCUGAUUGGCGGGUGGGAUGAGUCAGCUGCACGUGUCUGACUCAUUAUGUUCACAACUACUGCAUA